ACAACAGCUGUGUCCUGAUCUGAUUCAGGGUAAGAACUCAGGAAGAGCUUGAGGAGAUUCCAGGAGAGUGAUCUGAGGUGGAGCUAAUAUGAAUUGGAGUUUGGCUCUUCCCAAUUCUCCACUAUCCUGUUCUAACAAACAUGGAGACCGAUUCAUUCCUUCUAGAGCUGGAGCCAACUGGAACUUAAACUUCCAUAGACUAUAUGAAUCUGAGGAUUCAACCAAGCAGAAAGAGAGCACAAAAGAUGCCUCCUCAUCCACUGGCAAAGUUAAUCCAGUCUAUUCUGCCUUGUUGAAGAAUGAGCUACUAGAAGCUGCAAUUGAGAAUAUACGGGAUCCCAAGAUAGAGGACCAAAUGCAACAACCUUGUCCAUCACCCAAAAAGAAUCUUUUUACAUAUGCUCCUGUUACUAAGCGCUGGAGACCUGAUAUCAACGAUGAAGCCUUUCCUUAUGUCUUAUCUCCCAUCAGCAACAAAAGCAAGACAUUGCUAACUUCUCAACAAAAACAGAUCAGAAAAGUCCCUCAAAGCCCUUUUAAAAUUCUUGAGGCCCCUGAUCUCCAAAAUGACUUCUACUUGAAUCUACUAGACUGGUCUUCCCUAAAUAUUGUCACUGUGGGCCUGGGCACUUGUGCUUACCUUUGGAGUGCUUCUACCUCUCAGGUGGCCAGACUGUGUGACUUGUCUAUGGAAGGAGAUUAUGUAACCUCUGUGGCCUGGUCUGAGCAAGGGAACUUGGUAGCGGUUGGCACAGAUAAAGGCUUUGUACAAAUUUGGGAUGUAGCUACAGGAAAGAUACUGUGCACAGUGGAGGGUCAUACAGCUAGAGUCAGUGUGCUUGCUUGGAAUGCAGACCAGAUAUCUUCUGGAAGCAAAGACAAAAUGAUCCUCCAGAGAGACAUUAGGGCAUCUCCUUUGCAGUCUGAGCGCUGGCUGCAAGGUCACAGGCAUGAGGUGUGUGGGCUAAAGUGGUCCACAGAUAACCAGCACCUGGCCUCAGGUGGAAGUGACAAUACAGUUAUGAUCUGGAACCUCUGUAGUUUAAGGCCGGUCCUUAAAUAUACCAAACAUGUAGCUGCUGUGAAAGCUAUUGCAUGGUCUCCCCACCAGCAUGGUCUGUUAGCAUCAGGUGGUGGGAUAGCAGAUCGCUCUAUCCACUUCUGGAAUACACUAACAGGGCAACCUCUCCAUCAUAUCGAUACCAGUUCCCAAGUGUGCAACCUCGCCUGGUCCAAAAAUAACAAUGAGCUGGUCAGCACCCAUGGAUAUACUGAAAACCAGAUCUCCAUCUGGAAAUACCCCUCCUUGACACAAGUAGCUGAACUCACGGGACACACCAACCGAGUUUUGUAUAUGGCAAUGUCUCCUGAUGGAAAGGUUAUAGUUACAGGGUCUGCAGAUGAGACCCUGAGAUUUUGGAAUGUUUUUCACAAAGCCUGUUCAGCAAAGGAAUCUAGAUCUGUCCUCAGUCUCUUCACUAAAAUCCGAUAACUCUUUAACACCACAUCCAGAAAGAAGCACACUACUGGAAACACUAGUAACUGAUCAUCAUGAACUGAAUCCUAAUGAUCAACUGGAAUGGAAAAGAGGUGGGGUGGGCAGGUGGACCAGGAGAAAGUUUUGAGAUUGCUAUUAAAUUUCUGUUUAUGAA